AUGGAAGAACUUGAUCUACAGCUCAAUAUGGCACUGUUAGUCCGUAGAGCGAAGAAGUUUCUGCUGAAGACGGGUAAGAAGUUCAUAGGAGGUCAGACAAAGACUCGAAUGGGGGUCGACAUGUCUAAGGUAAAGUGUUACAACUGUGGGAUCUACGGGCAUUUCGCACGUGAUUGUCGAAAGCCGAAGAUGGAAAGAUCUGACAGAGACAACAACUCCCGAGGAAACAAUUCAAGACCUCAAAACAAUGCAUCAAAUGCUGCCUCCAACUCAAGUGCUCGUUCAAACAUCUCAGGGGCAAUUGUGUCACAGGCAUUUAUAGCAGAAAUUGUGAAUGAAGAGGUGUAUGAAGAGGUUGUAGAAGAGACUAGCAUUGAGGAGCUUGCAGUUGUAGCUGAGGUUAUUGGGGAAGAAUUGGAUUCGGGGAAUAUUGAAAAGUUUAGGGAUUCAUCUGAAGUGAUGAACUUCUGUAUUAGCAGCCAACGUCUCAAAGAAUCUGCGGAAGAAAUGUUUGGCAUUGGUUAUACCAAGGUGCCUCCUCCGGUAAACCAUAACUAUACAUCGAUGCCAAGCAUCGAUCCUGAAUUGGCAAACUUUGUGCCAAUGACCCCUCUGACAGUUGAACCACAAAGUGAGUCAGAAUCUGAACCAGAUGAAGUCACUGACUCAGAUCAGUCGAAGAAGAGUGGAAUUUCAAAGAAAAAUGAGUCAAAACCUAAGUCACGUGGGAAAACUAAAAAGACUUUGAAAAAUAUCCCUAAAACUGAGUUUGUUAAAGGGGAGGAUUUUGUCAAAGAAGAAGUAAAAAUCAAAACAGGUUCCAACUCUCAGUUUGUGAACCAAGUUUUGAAAAAUUCCAACAACGGCUCAUCAUCUUCGACCGAUCAUGAGGAACGUCCGAAGAACGCUGCGAAAAUUCGCAAAUGCUACAAGUGUCGUGGGAAAGGACACUUAGCAGCAGACUGUCCAGAUGACAGGGGUAAAUCACUUGUUGAUCCUGCUCAAAGGAGACCUUUUGUUGACAAACCACAAAAUGAAUCAGUUAAUGUUGAAAAGAUAAAUGGAUCAAGAGGAGAAACCCGCUGUUAUUAA